GUCAAGAAACUCCGGUGGGGACGGUGGCUCUAAAGUCUAAACUCAGUCGCCAAAGUUGGUUGAGUCCGCUGAGCGCUGAGGAAGAUAACUGUCACAACAUGAUCUGGAAGGCAGUUGUAUCCAGAGUUUACUCUCAAACUAGGUCAUGGCAACCAGCUGGCUGUAUUUGUUACGUAACUGGAAAGCCUUCAACAGCCUGCUUUAAAUUCUUGGCCUCUCCUUAUUUUCCUUCAGAAAGAAAUUUUACCACUCUCCCGGACAAACUAGCUCCUAAAUGUCCACCAGCAAAUAAAAUUACCCCACAUCUUUUUGGCCUCUGCAAUAAAAUAAACAUCUGCUCUGCCCAUCAACAGGCCACUGCUAAAGCAGUUCAAUAUGUUCCAAUCACCAAAAUACUCAUUGCUAACAGAGGAGAGAUUGCAUGUCGGGUCAUGAGAACAGCCAAGAAAUUGGGCAUUCAAACAGUAGCUGUUUAUUCAGACCCAGAUAAAGAUGCCCUCCAUGUUUCAAUGGCUGAUGAAGCAUAUCAUAUUGGCGGAGCAGCGCCACAAGACUCUUACCUGAGGGGAGCUGCUAUUCUCGAAGUAGCUCGUCGUUCUGGGGCCCAGGCUGUGCAUCCAGGCUAUGGCUUUCUGUCUGAGAACACCGAGUUUGCUGAGGCCUGUAAUAACGAUGGCGUCAUUUUCAUUGGUCCACCUGCACAAGCAAUCAGAGACAUGGGCAUCAAGAGCACAUCUAAGCACAUCAUGGAAGCUGCAGGCGUGCCGGUUGUUGGUGGUUAUCAUGGAGAGGAACAAAGUGAUGCAAGACUGCGUCAGGAAGCUGACAAAAUUGGCUUCCCUGUGAUGAUCAAGGCAGUCAGGGGUGGUGGGGGCAAGGGCAUGCGCAUUGCUCUUACUUCAAGUGAGUUUCAAGAGCAGCUUGAGUCAGCCAGACGGGAGGCAAUUAAAUCAUUCAAUGAUGACGUCAUGUUGAUUGAAAAGUUCGUACAACGACCCCGACACGUCGAGGUCCAGGUGUUUGGAGACCAGCACGGCAACUACGUGUAUCUGUACGAGCGCGAUUGUUCAGUGCAGCGUCGCCACCAGAAGAUCGUCGAAGAGGCUCCAGCACCUGGCGUGUCAGACGCCGUCAGGCAGCAGUUGGGAGAAGCGGCUGUGCAGGCUGCCAGGGCUGUACAUUACGUUGGAGCAGGUACCGUUGAGUUCAUAAUGGAUGCUCAACAGAAGUUCUACUUCAUGGAGAUGAACACGAGACUUCAAGUGGAACAUCCUGUGUCUGAAAUGAUCACGAACACGGAUCUUGUGGAGUGGCAGAUAAGGGUUGCUGCAGGGGAGCGUUUACCCCUCCUGCAGGAAGACCUGCGCCUUCAGGGUCAUAGCUUCGAAGCCCGCGUGUAUGCUGAAGAGCCCGGCAACAGCUUCAUGCCUGGGGCGGGACCUAUCACAAGACUGACGGCACCAGCAGACGACGCGACGACUCGCAUCGAGACGGGGGUGAGGCAGGGAGACGAGGUGUCGGUGCACUACGACCCAAUGAUCGCUAAAGUCGUCGUGUGGGGACCUGACCGCAACACGGCGCUCAACAGGCUUGCUUCUGCCCUCACCCGGUACAAUAUUGUAGGGCUGCACACCAACAUCGAGUUCAUGUUAUCGUUGUUAGCACAUCCAGAAUUUGUUCGCGGGAACGUCCAUACUGACUUCAUCCAAGAGCAUCACGCCGCUCUCUUCCCGGACGUACUAGUCACUCCCGUGCAAGCUUGCCAAGCCGCUCUGGCGUUCCUGCUACAGCAGAGAUCCGAGAUUACGACGAAAACGGUAUCUCCCGCCUUUUCACAGUCUAAUGCUUUUUUGCGUGUGAAUCAACCUAAGAAAAGUAACUUUAUGCUGAAAUCUGGUGAAGAAAGUUUGACUGUGGCUGUAGAAGAACCUCCGUCAGGACAAACUCUUAGUAUGAGCAUUGUAGGCGCUGAUGACAAGCACAGUGUCAGUGGGCGUCUGGAGGCCAUUGAGGGAGGUGGUGCCGUGCAAGAACUCGUCUCAGAAAUUAACGGAGUCAUCAACCGAACGAGGAUAAUCCACCACGGAAGGGACCUCUACAUGUUUACCAAGAGUGGUGUUCAGAAGUUCACAUUGCCGGAGCCGAAAUUUGUGAGCAAAGUAGGAGCAGGCGCGGGUACAAGCGGGGGCGGUCUGGGGGCCGUGGCUCCCAUGCCGGGAGUGGUCGAGAAGCUGCUUGUGGAGCCUGGCCAGAGGGUCCAGGCUGGAGACCCGCUGGUGGUCAUCAUCGCCAUGAAGAUGGAGUUUAUUGUGAAGGCAACUGCAGCCGGUGAAGUGCAAGCCCUGCUCUACAAGCAAGGUGAUACUGUGGCUAAAGACGCCGCUUUGGUCAAGAUGAAGUUCGACGAGGAAGAAUCAGCUGAUCACUCCGACGACUAAUAAGGCGGGAUAAUUUCCUGCACGAGGGUCUAUAACUCCCAACUGUAGAUACGCGUAUUUGUCCACCAAGCAUGCAACGGAAGGUUGGGCUCAGACAAGAUGUACACAAACCUAAGUACCGUGGAAAUAUAGCUAAAAAUAUAAGCUAGCAUGAGUUAUUCAUUGGUUCAUUGACAGGACCACGUAAGAGUUGUUUCACUUCGCACUUGUUAAGUACGUAAUUGACAAUAGGUUAAUAAUUUGAGUGCAAAUAUUAGGUAGUUGUUUAUUAUUAAGGAACAUUAUUAGAAAAUAACGUCUCGCACAUCUUGUUUCUUCAGUGUGAACUGUAAAAUAUUUGCAAGUUUUAAUUUCUCAAAACAUGAACGUUUGUAUCAGUGUAUGAAAACUUUAUUCCCAUUUCAAUUUUCGCGUUUCCA